GUGCAAACAGUAGGCGUGCGGGGAGGGAGGGCUUAGACGCUGGGCGAAAAAGUUUUGUUUGCCUCGUCUGGACUGGAAGUUUUAAACUUACACUGCCUUCGAGGGAAAUCAUGAUCACAUCUAGCACUAAUCUGCUGCUCCCAGAAGUGUUUGGCCAAAGUCUGAUCUAGCAGCCAGUUUUCGCUGUAAACUAUGGCCAGCGGGAACCAGACAGAGGUGUAUUUGUCGGAGCGGGUGGUGGUGCUGUGUACCUGCGCGCUGUCCGUCCUGGGCUCCUCUCUCAUCAUCCUCACACACAUUAUCUGGACGGACCUGAGGACCACCCCGCGGAGGCUGCUGGUGUUCCUCUCGGUGACCGACUGGCUGUCGGCCGUCUCCUACGCCUUCGGAGUCUGGAGCGUUUUCCGCAGCGACUCGACCGAGUGCGUCGCUCAGGGAGCCAUAUCCACUUUCUCGAACACCAGCAGUUUCUUCUGGACCGUGUCCAUCGCCGUGUACCUCUACGUCUUCAUCGUCAGGUCCAGCCAGAGGGUCGCCGACAGCCUGGUAGUGCUCUUCCACCUGGUCAGCUGGGGCGUUCCUCUGGUCAUCACUGUCACCGCUGUGUGCCUCAACAAGAUCGGCUACGAUGCAUCAGAGGUGUCUGUGGGCUGGUGCUGGGUCAGGAUCCAGGCUCCGGAUCGGGUCUUGUGGAUGCUGCUGACUGGAAAGAUCUGGGAGUUGCUGGCCUACCUCACUCUUCCCGUGCUCUAUAUCUUGAUUAAGAGGCAUAUCCACAGAGCGCAUGCGGCCCUGUCAGAAUACCGUCCCAUCUUGGCCACCAGACCUCCGUCGCAGUCCUUCUCCUCCAUGGCAGAUGUCAAGCUAACUCUCAUCCCCAUCAUCUUCAUCGUCCUGCGCAUCUGGAGCACGGUGCGCUUCAUCCUGCUGCUGGCUAACUCUCCGGUCAGACAGACCCCGGUGUUGGUCACACUACACGGUAUCGGUAACACGUCUCAGGGAGCAGCCAACUGCGUCAUGUUUGUGUUCUUUACUCAGCCCAUCCGCUCUCGUCUCUGCACUACGCUCUGUUGCUGCUGCUCCAACUGUCGAGCCGAGGCGCCGCACUUGGACGAUACCCCACAGCGGCACCAGGCGAGACGGGACUCGAGAGGAGAAGAAGAAAAGGACGGUGCCAGUGGAGUGCAGCGGGAGAGAUGAUGCCUCGCUCUGUGACCAGUGAAACCGGGCUGAACCGCUGAGGUGAAGGAAGCGGUUGAGCAGGAAAGCCUUAUGAGAGCGCGGGAUGGAGAUGCUGCAGAUGCAUUGUCUAGGUUACAUACUUGCACUCUGGGUGUUGGGUUGAUGCUACCUGAAUUACACUGAUACUUACCUGAGCACUUGAUGACUUCUUAAAAUGAUGUUUCACUUAUGGUUCUUCUACUAUGCCUCUUGAGUCUGUUACACCAAAUGAAGGACAAGUUACUGUAGCACCUCUGUUUAUCAUGUACUGUAACAAAGUUACCACUGUGAAGUAACGGUUGGACAAUCUUCAUAUUUUGUCCAACUGAUUGUGCUUCCAAAUGACAUAAAAGAAGAUAAUCUGCCAAAACAUCUUUACUCUGUUGAUGUCACUGAUUAGAAGGUUUCGCAUUACUCCAAAUGUGCCUGCUGGACUUGAAAUGUUGUUUCCUCUUAUUUUAAAAUGUCUUAUUCCAGUCCUGCAGCAGGAUGUUCGGUACUGUAUUUCCAUACUGGUGUGUGCUUAAUCUAUCUUCAACUAAAUGUUUCUGCAACCAGAAAACUAUGUUGGAAUGUGAAAUGAAACUAAGAUCAGUAUAGUGGGUUAGCAUGGGUGAACUGAAUAUGAUACAGAUGUAUCUGAUGCUAUCAUGAUGCCAGCAGAUGUUGCAACAUGUCCUAGUUUAAUAACUCAUUGUAAGGAUUUAGAAACUUUGAAUUCCAACUCAUGAUGUUGUAACUGUGCUGUUUUCUAACUUUUGUUCAGAAAUAAGCUGUGGAAUAUUUUAGGGUCUCCUCCGCUUUUACUUUUUCUUUUUCCCUGAGACAAAUCGGAUAUGUUCUCUGGCCAGUUUAACAUCUACACUCCUAUUGUUGCUUUGUACAGUGUAAUUUGCAGUGUAGAAAAACGAAAUAACAUCUUCCUUAAAGAACUUUAUUUCUAGAUCUUGUCUGUGCUUUUGUUUUUUUUCAUAAUUUUAAACUGAUGAGCUCUGGUCACCCAUUCAUUGACUGCCACUAAAUAAUUAGGUGAUUGCAUUAAUUAUUUUGGAUCAAACUUAUGCACAAUCUUUAAUUUGAGGCUUGACAUACUGUAUUUGUAUUGUAAUACAUUUCUACUGUUCCUCAGCAUGUUUUUUUAUAUUGUAGAUGAUUAAAACCUCCAAAUACUGAACUAUUUAUUACAGCUGCAUAGCAUAUCAAAUCUCAGUCAUAAACUCAAUGUCAAGGUGUGACGUUUUCUUCCAUCUUAUAUUAUAAAUUGAGUAAUUUUUGAAGUUUCUUCCUAAAGAGAUGCUUUAAAAUUCCAGUUCGUUCUGUUCUUAUUGGCAUCCGCGGUGCAGAUAUUUAAACAGUUUGCAAUAAUCUAAUCUUUAAUUUCAGUAUUUUCAGAAACUAAUGCCGGAAGAGGAAAGAAUAUGUGAAAGUCAGUGGGUUUUAUGCAAGCCAGAAAAUAAAACAUGCAGGGUUUUAACUCACAAUAAUGCCAAAAAUAAUAUGUGUGAGUAACUAGACUGUUCUUAUGUUAUCUUUUGCUAUGUCUGCUGUCUGUGUGAUAUUUUUGCUGUGUCUGUGAUUGUGGCUGUAGCAAAUCCAGUUGCCUUAUGGGGACAAUAAACUUUUCUACUGCUGAUACUUAA